GCAGGAAGGACUGGUAAACUGCUCCUCCAUUCCCUGGAAACACCAGUUAGCAGUUAGUGGUCUCCAGGCAACAGGAGGUUAACCUGAUACUGGAUGCAGUGUCCGAUUCCCAGUGGCCUCCUGGUUCCUCCGACCGUCCCCUGAGAUGGGUGAAGUAAGUCCGCUGGAGAGGGACCACUCCUUGCGUGUUGUGCUCCCAGUGGGGAUCGAGAAAAACAUUACAGUGCAUGGAAGUAAACCGGUGAUGGACUUACUGGUGACGCUCUGUGCAAAUCACCAUCUGAAUCCUUCCGAUUACACCAUUGAGUUCCUGUCGCCUAACAAGAACAUCAUCAGCUACAAGCCGAACUCUCCUAUCGGUUCGUUGGGAGCUGAGAAGAUUUUAUUGAAGCUUAAAGGCUCUGAAGAUAAAAUUAAGAAGCCAUACAUGCCUGAGGCGACGGUGCGUUUACUGAUCAACUACAAUAAGUCCCAUAAGACGGUGGUGCGGGUGAAUCCCAGACUGCCGCUGGAGGAGCUGCUGCCAGCAGUGUGUGACAAGUGUGAGUUUAACAUAACGACAACCGUCCUGCUGAGGGACCCUCAGUCCAAGGAGCCGCUGGACCUGACCAAGACCUUGAAUGACCACGGAUUGAGGGAGGUGUUCGCCAAAGAUAUGGUGGCUCAGAACGCUUCGACCGAAGGAGCUGGAACUCCAGAGAUCAUCUCACCACCUCCAACACAAGACUUGCAAAGGAAGGAGAACAAGCAGAAGAAAAGGGGCUUCUUCAGCUUCUUCAGAAGACGGAAAAAAGUCAAUGAAACGAAUGGGACGCUGAGUGCUCCUACUUCUCCCAGCCGGGGCAAACAAGUCCGAGUCCGUGGGAAUUCAGAAAGCCUUUCAUCCAAUAACACCCUGCCUGCAGAUACCGCCAAAAAAAGGCCGGCGCCGCCGCCGCCUGUAGUCGCAUCGCAGAGUGUCCCUAACAACCUCAGCACCUGCUACGUCAAGAGAACACAGUCGUCUGCAGAAUCUACUUUAAGGAGCACCAAGAGGAGGGCUCCUCCUCCUCCCUGUGGAGCCACCAACGACGCCCAAAGUGAUGCUGCAGAGUCCCUGAAAACCGUGGAGGAGCUGAGAGAGACAGAUAAUUCCCAGCCGCACUCAUCCUUGGCCUCUUCAAGCCCUUCGCUGGCUCGUCUCCAGGAAAUACCCGACUCCUAUCGGCCUUCGUUUCGAGGCAAAGACCUAUCAGACGCCCGCUCUGCUCUCGCUAAAGUCCUCACAUCUUCGGUUUCCAAAGGGACGCUGGUGAGGCGCCUGAGAAACUCUGCCGGUUUCCCAAAUUUCCAUGUCUCCUCGUGCAUGUCUGCGGCCUCAAAGUGUCCAGAUGACGGCGAUUUCUGCGCAGAGCGGGAAUCGGUUUUCAGAUCCAACCUCCCGACUGAGAACGAGUGGGAGGACCAAGUACAGAGGAGCGGACUGACUACCUUUAAAGUUAUUCCCCCAAAGAAACCAGCAUCCUGUGAUCCCGAAAUGAUGGAUCAGGAUCAGGAAUCAGUUCUUCCUGAGGGGAAGGAAGAUCCACAUUCCUCCAGCAGAUCUGAGAGCAGAACAGGGAUUAACUGCUCAGAAACGUAUGCUAACGAAGUGGCUGACGGCUCAGUUUCUGGUUCACCUUUAGAGGAAACUCAGAACUGUUCUGACUCACCCUUGCUUGAUGACGGGGAGACUCAUGAAGACCAGAACCAAGAGGAAGAACCAGAGAACCGACUGGAUGGAGUCCUGCCUGCGCUACUGGAUGGUUGUGAUAAGGAAGCGACCAACCAUGAUGGUGGUAAUUCAGAACAUCUAAGAGGAUUUUUCACGUGA